UGGAACCAUGGAGUCUACUGUGGGUGCAAAGGAGUCAGCUGGAAGGGACAUGUCGAUGAAUUCCAGCGUCUCCAUAACUGGGGAAGAUGGGACACGAAGUGCUUCAUGGUGCUGCUCCUCUCGUGCUGCGCUGCGUUGGCCGUGCUUGCGUUGCUGUUGGGCGUGUUCGUGGCCACCAACUUCUUCACUGAUGGAGAGGAUGGCCAUGAGAAGCAUGACAAUACCACUUGGAAGUACGGGAAAGGCGGCGGCGGCGGCGGUACUAUAACAGCCACCACAGUGACGAAUGCUAUCAAGACCCUGGCAACGACUCCGGUUGUGAUCGUCACGCCUCCAACGGUUCCUAAGACUCCAAAGCCACCAGCUAGCACUCCUAAAGCAACGCCCAGUGUGACAACGCCGACUCCAUUGACGACCCCGCCGGUGCCUACGACAACAAAGGCGUCGCCACCGUCGACACCGGCAAAGAAACCGCCGACAACAACGAAGCCGCCACCGACAACAACAAAGUCGCCACCGACAACGACAAAGCCGCCACAGACAACAACCAAGCCGCCACCGACGACUCUGCCUGCCGCGGUGACCACGUCGGAACGUCCGGGACUGCGUCGCUACACUACCGUGUGCACGGUGAGCUACUUGGACGUCGGUCUGUCGUUUCCUUUGGACGGCCAGUGCGACAUCAUCUUCUACGACUCGUUGCUACUGCGACCGGAGGACACCUUCAUGGGCACGUUCACCAAUGCUUACCUGAAGCCGAUCUUCGACGCAGCCAAGGAAACCAACAUCGCCCACAACACCGAAUUGGGGAUGUCCGUGCACGCACCCGCAAUCAACGACUUCUCCGCCGAGGUCAAAUCAGAUGCCGGGAAGAAGCACUACAAGGAUCACUGGCAGCACAAGAUCUUCCACUGGGGGGUCCUCAACAUCCACCAUCUGAUUGUGAAAAGCAACCCAGAUAUCUUGAAAACGGCGCUCACCGUACUCAAGGUUAGCUAAUGCAGCAGAUAUCGU